UUGGCAUCCCGGCGCUUAGCGCAGUUUAUCGUGCGCCGUCCACGCGCACGUUUUAUUCGUGCGCGCGCGCGCGCGUUCACAUAUAUAUAUAUAUAUACAUACAUAUACCUUUUAUCCAUACGGGUUCUUUUUAAAUAAUAUUUUUUCGGGUUUGUCAACGCGUGUACGUGUCCUGCGUGUUGUUUGUUUGCUUGCUUGCUUGCUUGCUUACGUGCGUAAGUGUAUGCGUGCGUGAGUAAGUGCAUACGUGCGUGUUGAAUGCACAAAAAGUUACAAACUGGUAUCGUAUUCGGAUAAGUAUCUGGAUUCAACUAAUUAGAAAAUUAUGAUUGUAUUUGUUAAUUCGGAUGAAAAUAAUUGAAAUUUACGAAUUUAUUAAACCGAAUUUAGGAAGUGCGCGCUAUUCGUACCUGAUAUCCUAAUUCUGACAAAGUACUCCCAUUAUUAUUAUUAUUGUGAGUAAGACUGGAUCUUGAAUUUGUCUAAGAAAUGUUCAUCGUUUUAUUCGAAUGAUAAAAAUAAAGAAUUUUACGAGGAGAGAGUUUAGACAAAUCGAUGAAUUUUAAAAGGAGAGAGAAAGGAUCAUGAGGAGGAUGAAUGAUCAUCGAGGAACGAGUUUACGAGUUAUUUAUUCGUCUGAAAUUCAAGCUUGUUACUUUAUCGAACGAACGGAUAAAGUGUUUAAGCAAAUUGGAAGAGUGGUUAAGAAAAUGGGAAAGAACAAAAUUGUUAAAUUCGUCAUGUCCAGGAGAGAUUUAAUUUUAUCGUGAAUUAGUAUUGUAAUUGUUAAUUUUUCGGAAUAGUGUGUUAUCAAUGAUCCUAAUAAUAAAUAUGAAAGUAGAAAUUAAUCGUGAAGAAAAUUAAGUGAUCCAAUUGAAAUCAAAAGUAAAAAUGUCGACGGAAGAAAGUAGCGGGGGUACCCCCGCUAAUACAACAGAAGAAACAGGAGUUCGUCAUACAACUACUACAAGACGAUUAUCGAAGGAAUAUAAAUUCUUUCGGAGUUUCAGUGCUAAGGUGGAAAAUUGGCCGAUGCGAAAGGCGGAAGCACUUUGGCGUCGAAUGCGUGAACGAAAAAUUGCAGGUAAGCACCGAACGAUUACGAACGAAUGUUCCAGUAUAGUAGUCACGAGUGAAACACUAAAUCCGUUGAUAUUCCUUUCCUCGUAGUAAAUCGAUCGAGAGACAACAAGACUACUCUUAACUCGAAUUUUCUCUAAACGAUGUAUACGACAUAGAUUAUGUUUCUACCAAUUGAAAGAGAGAGAGAGAGAAAGAAAAAGAAAAAGAGGCCAGUUGAUUUCGUGCAAUGCUAUUACUAAACAGUUGUUGCAUUGGAUGUAUGAUGCUGUAACACAACAGUGAACAGAUGUCUCGAGUGAAAAUGUAAUAAAGAAAGAAAUAAAGUGAGAUAGAGAAUAAGAAUGAUUGUUAUUCGUUAUGAAUUACAUUCAUUUAUUUAUAUCAGGGCAAAAUAAAU